CCAAGAGGCAACAGAAAACAUGGUGCAUCAUUUAUCAUCACUAGAGCAAUUACAGGUCCUGCAUUGUUUUUGCUUCGGUACCUCUGGUACAGCCCUGCAAAGUUUUCUCUGCCCCCUGGACUGGUUCGUCUCGUUAGUAAGCAGAUCAACUGGCACCUGGUACUUGCAAGCAAUGGAAAAUUGUUGGCAGUUGUUCAAGACCAAUGUGUAGAAAUCAGGUCUGCCAAAGAUGACUUUGUAUCUAUAGUUGGAAAAUGCCAAGUACCAAAGGAUCCUAACCCUCAGUGGAGACGAGUGGCAUGGAGCCAUGAUUGUACCUUACUUGCUUAUGCUGAGAGCACUGGAACAGUGAGAGUGUUUGACCUGAUGGGUAGUGAGCUUUUGGUCAUUUCACCGGUAACAAGUUUUCCAGGAGAUCUGAGUUAUGCUAUUGCUGGACUAAUCUUUCUAGAAUACAAAGCAAGUGCCCAAUGGUCAGCUGAACUGCUUGUCGUUAAUUAUCGUGGGGAACUCAGAAGUUAUCUUGUCAGUGUUGGAACAAAUCAAAGCUUUCAGGAGAGUCAUAGUUUCAGCUUUAGCAGCCAUUAUGCCCAUGGAAUAACUACUGUCAUUUAUCAUCCUGGUCACAGACUUCUCCUUGUAGGAGGCUGUGAAGCAGAUGAAGAUGGAGUGUCUAAAGCAACUGCUUGUGGGAUAUCUGCUUGGAGAGUACUGUCAGGCUCUCCUCAUUAUAAACAGGUCACUAGUUAUGAAGAUGACAUUAGAACAGCCCAGAGAAGAGGAUUACUGAGGAUUAUGAAUUUAAGAUUUUACAGCAGGCGGGGUACAGAACAGGAUGGAGUUUUCAAGAUGAAUCUUUCUCCUGAUGGAGCUCUUCUGGCAGCUAUUCAUUUCUCAGGAAAACUUACGAUCUGGUCUGUACCAUCUCUCAGACAGCAAGGAGAAUGGGACCAAACUGAUCAGCCCGGUUAUGAUGAGAUCAACCCAGACUGGAGACUCUCUAGUGAAAAAAGAAAGAAAAUCAAAGAUAAAGAAUUCUAUUACCCAUUGAUAGAUGUAAAUUGGUGGGCAGAUAAUUCUGUCAUUCUGGCUCGCUGCUCUGGUGCAUUGACUGUGUCAUCAGUCAAGACGUUAAGAAACUUGCUGGGGAAGUCAUGUGAAUGGUUUGAGAGUUCUCCUCAGGUCACUUCAGCUCAUGAUGGAGGAUUUCUAAGUCUGGAGUGCGAGAUAAAACUGGUUCCAAAAAGAUUACGCCUGGAGAGCAGGCCUGGUGAUGAAGAUGAGGGAGAAGAGGAGUCGGACUCAGAUGAUGAAACUUCCAAGGACAGAUACUUCAGCUACCUGAAGCAAGGCCUGUAUUUUGUGACAGAAAUGGAACGAUUUGCUCCUCCACGGAAACGCCCACGUACUAUUGCAAAGAAUUUCCGCCUUGUCAGUCUGAGAUCCACGACUCCAGAGGAGCUGUACCAGAGAAAAAUUGACAACGAAGAAUAUGGGGAAGCUUUGUCUUUAGCUCAAACGUAUGGCCUUGAUUCUGAUCUUGUGUAUCAAAGACAGUGGAGAAAGUCAGCUGUUAACGUCGCCUCAAUUCAAGACUACUUGAGCAAAAUUAAGAAGCGUGCAUGGGUUCUUCAUGAGUGCUUGGAAAGAGUUCCAGAGAAUGUGGAUGCUGCUAAGAAGCUGCUUCAGUACGGCUUGAAAGGCACAGACUUGGAGGCACUUGUGGCCAUAGGAAAAGGAGAAGAUGGUGGCAGAUUUAUCUUACCAGGGGAGGUGGACAUUGAAAUGCCCUAUGAAGAUUUUUUGUCACCAGAUGAAGAAGUGGAUACAAGAAGGGAAAAAGAGUCCAAGAAACGUCAAGAACUGCUAUCAUCAGUCAGCUUCUCAAAGCUGACACUGGAACAAAAAGAACUCUGCCGUAGCAGGCUGAAGCUCUUAAGUUACCUUGAUCGCCUUGAGACGUAUGAGGAAAUCCUGGGAGGACCUCAUGCAGCUGAACAGCACUAUGAUGGUGAAUUCUUCAAGAAGUUCAGAAAUCAGAAUAUUGUACUUUCAGCAAGAACUUAUGCUCGGGAAAGCAAUGUCAGAGCCCUGGAAAUUCUGUUCACAUUCCAUGGAUCAGCUUUACUUCCACACAGACAAGCAAUUCUCUCCAAUUUUCCAGAGACUACUUCACCGCACGAAUACGCUUUCUUGUUGCCUGAAGCUUGUUACAGGCAGGGGACACUGAAGAUUCUUCCUUGGAAUGAGCAGAAACAUCGUGAAGAAGACUGGUGUGAGAAAGCAGAAUGUAGGAUGAUUGUUGAGCCAUCUUUACAAGAUGAAGGAGAAUUUCUGUAUGAAACACAACCUGAGCUAGUGAAGUACAGGACGACUGACCUUUCAGUGGAGCUGGUAACUGAUUGGUACUUGAGCAGAGCACAGGAAAUUGAGAAGUACGCCAUGCAGGUGGACUGUGCUCUGUCCCUUGUUCGUCUUGGCAUGGAAAGGAAUAUUCCUGGUCUGCAGGUGCUCUGUGACAAUCUGAUCACCCUUGAGACUAUAGUUUAUGAGACUGAUGGCGAUCGAACAUUAACUUUGAAGGAACUUGUCGAGAUGAAAGACAUUGAGAAGCUGAGACUGUUGAUGAAGAAUUCCUCUGAUGAAAAAUACGUGAAGAAUGUUUAUCAGUGGAUGAUCCCUUUUCUGCACCGCUGUGAAAAUCGGUCGCCUGGUCUUGCAAAUUCACUUUUUAAGGAAUAUUUAGUAACAUUAGCAAAGGAAGACCUGACUCUACCUCUGAAGAUAUUUCAGAAUUCAAAACCGACUUGUCAGCAAAAAAUUAUUCCUGAUCAAGACCAGCUUAUGAUUACUGCAUUGGAAUGUAUUUAUAGUUCUGAACGAGAUGACCAGCUCUCUCUCUGUUAUGAUAUUUUGGAAUGUCUUCCACAAAGAGGAUAUGGGCCUGAAACAGAUAAAACUAAUGCUCUUCAUGAUGAAGUAGAUGAACUGGAACAAAUUCUUAGCGUGUCAGAGCUGUUGGAGAAACAUGGGCUUCAGAAACCUGUAUCCUUUGUGAGAGGCACCAAGGACAAUGCAGAGGAGGCACGGAAGCUGAUGAUUAGGCUGACGAGGCACACAGGUCGCAAGCAACCACCAGUCAGUGAGGCACACUGGAAGGAAUUGCUCCAGGAUAUGUUAGAUAUGCAGCAGAAAGUUUAUAUGUGUAUUCAUUCAGAUACUUGCUAUGAGAUAUUCACAGAAAGUCUUCUAUGCUCGAGCAGUAUAGACAAUAUCCACUUGGCUGGGCAAAUGAUGCAUUGCAGCACUUGGUCAGUGGAUCUGCCAAGUUCUUCCAAAGGGAAGCCACAGUACCGAGUCGGCUACGCGAGAAGUAUUGAACUAGUUCUGGCUGCUGGCAGAGAGUAUUUCAAUUCUUCAACAAGUUUGACUGAUAGCUGUAUGGAUUUAGCCAGGUGCUGUCUACAACUUAUUGUAGACUGUCCAAGUGCUAUUCAGGAAGAGCUAGAUCUCAUUCGUGCUCUUGGCUACCUUGAAGAAUUUGGUGUGAAAAUAUUACCACUACAAGUGCGUUUGUGCUCAGAUCGACUCAGUCUCAUCAAGGACUGUCUUGCUCAGAUGUCAACAAACUAUAAACAGUCUGCUAAGCUCCUGGGACUUGCAAAUUUGCUAAGGGUUGCAGGAGAUGAUCAGAUGGAAAGAAAAGGUCAAGUUUUAAUCCUUUUAGUGGAGCAAGCUCUCAAUUUCCAGGACUACAAAGCAGCUAGUAUGCAUUGCCAGGAGCUCAUGGCUGCAGGUUAUUCUAAAAGCUGGGAAGUUUGCAGUCAGCUUGGGCAAUCAGAAGGCUACCAGGACUUGGGUGUGCGCCAGGAACUCAUGGCUUUUGCUCUGACACACUGUCCCCCGAGUGCCAUAGAGCCAUUGCUGGGAGUGAGCAGUUCACUGCAAACCCAGGUUCUUUAUCAGGCUGUAAAUUACCAAUUUCUUCCUUCAGAAGGAGGUGAGAGUGUAAACAUCUCAGGACCUUCUUCAUUGGUCAGUAAGGAUACUGAGGAUGAAACCAACACCUCCUCUAGCCAGUCUGCAGAUUUGUUGUACUGGACGACAUCAAAAACCAUGAAGGUGUUGUCUAACACAACUAUGACUACAAAAGCCAUGCUGCAUGCUGUCAGUGAUGGACAGUGGUGGAAGAGGUCAUUAACGUAUCUUCGACCGUUGCAUGGCCAAGAAUUUGGAGAUAUAUUAAAAAGCAGGCCGGGAGAAAAUGCUGCUGUGGAAAAACAAGGCUGUCAUCCUUUUUAUGAGUCUCUAAUUGCUGAUCCUUAUGUUGGUGAAUCUGAAAUCAGCUAUGGCACAUACCAGAACAAUUCUUUGGAAAGCUUUGCAGAAGUAUUGCUGAGAACAGAGAAACUGGCAGAAACAAAGAGUGAAGGGAAAGACCUACUUCCAACUACAGAAGUUCUGCUACAGCUGGCAAGUGAUGCUUUACCAAAUGAUAUGGCCUUGUCUCUUGCCUAUCUACUUGCACUGCCACAGGUGGUAGAUGCCAACAAAUGCUUUGAAAAGCAAUUACAUUCUGCGUUAUCUCUCCAGCUGGCAAGUUAUUACUAUAGCCUGCAGAUCUAUGCUCGUUUGGCACCAUGUUUCAAGGACAAAUGCCACCCUCUCUAUAGGGCUGAUCCAAAAGAGUUGAUUCAGAUGGUCACAAAGCACGUUACUCAGCAUGGCUGCUCAGACUGGCCUGAAGAAAUCUCAACUUUGAUAAAUCAGCUGCAUUACUACAACGAACGACUGCUGGAUUUCACUCAAGCUCAGAUUCUGCAAGGACUUGGCAAAGGAGUGGAUGUGCAGAGGUUUACAGCAGAUGGACAGUACAAGAGAGAAACAAUUUUAGGAUUGGCAGAAACACUUGAGGACAAUGUGUACAGGAUUGCUGUUUCUUUGGCUCAGCGGUACAGCGUCCCACUUUGGGAAGUGCACAUGACACAUCUGGAGUUUUUAUUCACUGACAGUGGGUUAUCGACACUGGAAAUAGAAGAAAGAGCACAAAGUCUUGGUCUGCUUGAGACUUUGAAAACCAGUCCUGAAACUUUACAUGAACACAUGGUUAAAUAUGUUUACCCAAGUAUUGAAGGCAGAGAUCACCAGCGGUUACUUUAUUAUUUUACACUCCUUGAAAACUGUGGUUGCUCAGAAGUGGUGAAGCAUACUGUCAAACCUGACACCCACAUCCGCCUCCUGAAAAAGUUCAAAGUGGUUGCACCAGGUCUUAAUUACAAAAAGCUAACAGAUGAAAAUGAAAACCCUCUGGAAACACUGGAGCCUGUCCUUACAAGUCAGAACAUUUUAUCUAUUUCCAAACUUGCUCCCAAAAUUCCUAAAAGAGAUGGCGGCAUGCUGUCACCAAGCUCUAUUUAUGCUGUCUGGUUACAAAAACUUUUUUGGAAUGGCGAUCAUCAUCUCAUUAAAAAAAUACCAGAAACCACGGAUGAGUGGCUACAUGCAUAUGAUAUGUGUUCAAAGUACUUGGAUAGACUUGAUCCAGAUGAUAUCAUCACUUUUAUUGAUGAAAUUACCUUUUCUUCAAAAGCUGUCACAAAGCUGCCUGUUGAGGCCAGGAUAGAAGUGACUAUGAAGGCUAUUAAGGCAGUCAAACAUCUUUCUGAGAAAUCAAGAAAAAAACCUUCUGAGAAUGACCUGGAAGACGCUGAAAAUCCAUCUGUUGUUUAUGAAGGAACUCUGAAUCACUUGCAGCAAUCUCUUGCUCAUCUGGAAACACUUACACACAGUUUUAUCACUAACUUGAAAAGCAGCAAACAGGAUACACUGCAGAAGUAUGGCUACUUAUAUGAUUUGUCAAGGUCAGAGAAAGAAAAAAUCCAUGAGCAAGCAGUAGCUAUGUGUAUGGAUGGUCAGCCCCUGGAUAUGAUACAGCAGUUGUUACAAGUGGCUGUUGGAGAUCUAGGUUUUUCUCCCAAGGAUAUUGUCCAAUGUGCUAUUAAAAAAAUUGUAUGUACAUUAAGUGAAAAUGAUGGCUCAUCUACACCGGUGAAAGAUCCGCUUGGAAUCCUAGAAGGCAUUGUUUCUUCAGUGCAUGCAAGUGUUGAGAAAGG